GUGACUGUUACCGGUACGGACACACAGUCGUGGUUUAUUCCAACAAAUUUCAUUUGUCAGCAUGUGAAGAGGUUUGGACUGGCUGAUUUCAUCUCUUUUGUACUUUCUCAUUUGAUCUGGAUAUAUAAACCUUCGAUGCCAUUCAAAAUUUCAAACCAUCCUGUUUGUCUUGCCCAUUACAAAAGUUGCUCCUCUGAGGUCUGAGCAGCAAAAAGUAGCAGGUGGAAAUGGGGGAGGUUGGCGCGGACACGAUCUACACCCAAGAUGGCACCGUGGACAUCAAGGGCAACCAGGCCGUCAAGAGCAGCACCGGCACCUGGCGCGCCUGCCCCUACAUCCUCGCUAACGAAUGCUGCGAGCGGCUGGCGUACUACGGCAUGAGCGCCAACCUGAGCAACUUCAUGCUGGACAACAUGGGCAUGAACAAGAGCGACGCCGCCAACACCGUCAGCAACUGGACGGGGACCUGCUACGCCGCCCCCCUCAUCGGCGCCUUCCUCGCCGACGCCUACCUCGGCCGCUUCUGGACCAUCGCCUCCUUCGUGAUCAUCUACGUCAUCGGCCUGGGGCUCCUGACGGUUGCGGCGUCGGUGAAAGGGCUGGUGCCGACGUGCAUGGCGCAGGGGGUGUGCGACCCGACGGCGGGGCAGACGGCGGCGGUGUUCGUCGGUCUGUACCUCGUUGCUCUGGGCACCGGCGGGAUCAAGCCCUGCGUGUCCUCGUUCGGAGCAGACCAGUUCGACGAGCACGACGAGAGCGAGCGGCGGAGCAAGAGCUCCUUCUUCAACUGGUUCUACUUGUCCAUCAACAUCGGCGCGCUGGUGGCGUCGUCCGUGCUGGUGAACGUGCAGGUGCGCUACGGCUGGGGCUGGGGCUUCGGCAUCCCCGCCGUCGUCAUGGCCAUCGCCGUCGGCAGCUUCUUCGUCGGCACGCCGCUCUACCGCCACCAGCGCCCCGGCGGCAGCCCGCUCACCCGCAUCGCGCAGGUGCUCGUCGCGGCCACGCGCAAGCUGAGCGUCCCCGUCGACGGGUCGGCGCUGCACGAGACGACGGACAGGGACUCCGGCAUCGAGGGGAGCCGCAAGCUGGAGCACACCGAGCAGUUCAGGUUCCUCGACAAGGCGGCCGUGGAGACGCCGGCGGACAGGACGGCGACGGCGCCGUCGGCGUGGAGGCUGUGCACGGUGACGCAGGUGGAGGAGCUCAAGAGCGUGGUGCGGCUGCUGCCCAUCUGGGCGAGCGGCAUCGUCUUCGCGGCGGUGUACGGGCAGAUGAACACCGUGUUCGUGUUCCAGGGAAACACCCUCGACAAGCGCAUGGGCGCCCACUUCUCCAUCCCCUCCGCCUCGCUCUCCACCUUCGACACCCUCAGCGUCAUCUUCUGGGUGCCCGUGUACGACCGCCUCCUCGUCCCGGCCGUCCGCUCCGUCACCGGCCACCCGCGCGGCUUCACGCAGCUCCAGCGCAUGGGUGUCGGCCUCGUCGUCUCGAUCUUCUCCAUGGUCGCCGCCGGCGUGCUCGAGGUUUUCCGCCUCCGCGCGGUCGCGCGGCUGGGGCUGUACGGGGAGGACGACAUCGUGCCCAUCUCCAUCUUCUGGCAGGUGCCGCAGUACUUCAUCGUCGGCGCCGCCGAGGUGUUCGUCUUCGUGGGGCAGCUGGACUUCUUCUACGACCAGGCGCCGGACGCCAUGAGGAGCAUGUGCAUGGCGCUGUCGCUGACGGCGGUAGCGCUGGGAAGCUACGUGAGCACGCUGCUGGUGACGGUGGUGAAGAAGGUGACGACGAGGGGUGGAGGACAAGGGUGGAUCCCGGACAAGAACCUCAACGUCGGCCACCUCGACUACUUCUUCUGGCUGAUGACCGUGCUCAGCGUUGUCAACUUUGUUGUCUACCUGCCCAUCGCCAACUGGUACGCCUACAAGAGGACCGCCGAAGCCGGAGACAACCCGGAGGCCAAUGAAGGAGGUGAUGAUGACCAGUGAGUGAACCUCAACGGCUAAACC